AUGUUCAUGUUCCCUGUCAAAGAUGGCGAGAUCGAGCUUCUGGGUCACUACUGUUCUUAUUCCACGCGCCCUUACUUUCUUCGAUGGCGGCUGAAGUUCAAGAGCAAAGUCUGGUGCCCGGGUUGGACGCUCGUCUACGGCAGCGCCAGUGAAAGCUCCAGUGUGUCCAACAGCAUUCAAAACGCCAUCAUCAACUUCAUCCAGAAAGCUUACCAAGAAGGUGUCAUAACCGAGGAGGAUGCAAAGCCAUGGUUGCAGGGGACCAUUGACCGCUGCAAGGACGCCCAUGUUGCAGCAAAGCGAGCCAGGUGGCCAUAUAGCCUGAACUGGCGAUCAAGGAUUGUGCAGAUAACAGGUCCUGUGCCAGUCUUAUGGUGCAACCGACCUAUUACAAAAGGCUUCUAG